GUCGCAUCAAGUCGUUCAAACCAACGGAAGAUCGGCCCUUUGUGUUGGGGCUCCCAACAGGUAGCAGUCCUGAAAUUAUCUACAAGACUCUUGUGCGCCGGCACAGGAAUGGCGAAAUCUCAUUCAGAAAUGUCCUGACGUUCAACAUGGACGAGUACGUUGGCCUGCCUCGUGAUCAUCCCGAGUCUUACCACAGCUUUAUGUAUAAGCACUUCUUUUCCCAUGUGGAUAUUCCGCCCCAGAACAUCAACAUUCUAGACGGAAACGCGCCUGAUCUUGCGGCGGAGUGUGCGUCUUUCGAGGCCCGGAUUGCUCGUUAUGGUGGCAUCGAGCUCUUCCUGGGUGGCGUGGGGCCAGAUGGGCAUAUCGCCUUUAACGAACCAGGAUCCUCCUUGACUAGUCGCACGCGUGUCAAGACCUUGGCAUAUGACACGAUCUUGGCCAAUUCACGGUUCUUCGGAAACAACAUGGAUCAGGUGCCACGAAGGUCGCUAACCGUGGGUAUUCAAACUAUCAUGGAUGCUCGCGAAGUCGUCAUCGUGGCUACCGGUGCUCACAAGGCCCUUGCUGUGGAGAAAGGUCUUGAAGGAGGCGUAAACCAUAUGUGGACGCUAUCAGCGCUGCAACUACACCCGUAUGCCUUGAUCGUCUGCGACCGAGAUGCAACCCUGGAGCUCAAGGUCAAAACAGUUCGCUACUUCGAAUCUAUCGAACAAUCCGGUACAGAUGCACGUACUCAAGGCCCGCCUCUUGUUUACCGACCCAGGACGUACGUUCCCGCUCCUGUGGGGAUUGGCAAAUUCAACCAGCCGCAGACUUUGCCCCAAAUCGUUCCCCAAAAAGCACCCAAGGACCUCCGAAUCAACACGGAGUUUAACCCGUCGAUGGAGGAUGACGAGCUCACACCGGACAGCAUGUCUUCACGGAUGGUUGACUCAGCGAUUGACGGACUGGAUUCGACUCUGAAGGGAGAUUUGUUCUUUGACCACAUGGGCUCGCGGGUUGUCUCGCAUUGACAGAAAGUAAUGUGAGAGUGACUUCUGCGACCGCCGAAUUUUUACUGGAACUGGGACAGUAUCCACUUGGCUUUGACUUGCUGGUAGAUGGAACCUGGUGAAGAGGAUCGUAGCUUGCCUCGUACGCCGCUGUCAUUUGCUUGGAACACAUUGGCUUUUCUCCAUUGGCAUCCGUCUUGCAAAUUUAUUCCUAGAUGUUUUGUUUUUGAUAUGCACCGGGAAUUUUCGCUCUUGAGUGGGUCUCGAAAGAUUAUAGAAGGGUUGACAAGGCGUUAGUUGCUGAACCAACAUAGAUUGCCUAUGAUAUAACAUCAAAGACAAAUAAUGCAUUAUGCCUGGAAUGUUUCUGAUGAGCGUGCGUGG